ACAACCCAGCUCAUAAAGUCCCUUGCCUUUACUUUUUGCGCUCAUCAUCUGGCUCUGAAGAAACGGAGGCAGCGGAGCCCUGCUCAUGGCAUAGGUGACCGCAGGGCAUCUCAUGGAAGAAGCACACGUCCAGGAGAAACGAGUUUCCCCGCUGCUGUGGUUUCUUUCCACGCAGAAGCCUCAGUGGCAGCACGGACACAGCCCGUGCGGCCUCCUAGCACAGGGGAACAGGUUCCACCCAGCACACGGGGGUGAGUGAAGGGAGCCUGGCAGAGGGAGCAGCACCUUCACAGUCCUGUAACCUGUCCUCCCUACCCAGCCUCCAGGUGAACAGCUGCGUGUGGGGGCUGCCUCCGAUUCGCCUUGUUCUGGAGCCUAUGGGCCACUGUAGUCCAGGAGCAAAGGCUGCUGGGACCUACCUUUAAAUCAAUGUCUCCUCUGCCUGAACGGCCUUUCCCGCCCGUCAUUUAGGAAUCCUGCUUCGGUUAGUGUGCUUUUCGGGCCACCUCUCCCCUUCCUAAGGGACCGAUCCUCCCUUCUCAGAUGUGCAAGCCCAAGGACAGAUGCUGCCCUCUCCCAGCCACUUUUUCUGCCUCUUUCCUGUUUCUUGUUGCCGUGGUUUAUAUUUAGAUGUCUCUCCAAAGCCUGUUGCCCUCAUAGGUGGGGCUUUCGGAAGGUGACUGGAUCAUGGAGCGUGAUGCUCAUGGGUGGAUUAGCCCACUGAUGGCUUCUAGCUAAAUACGAUGCUGGGAGCUGGAGCCUGGUUGGAGGAAGUGGGGCACUGGGGGCGUGGCCUAGGAGUUUGUCUCCCUCCCUCUUCCUUGGCUCUCACCGCUUCUUGCUGCCUUGCCCGCCCUGCCCUGGAGCCGGUGGAGUGGAGUGUGAACUGGAAUCUCUGCAGACUGAGAGCCAAACUAAACCUCUCCUCCAACUUGUGGGUUCGGGUACUGUGUCUCGCUAUGAGAAAGUCACAUGUCCUGUCCUCCGUGUGCUGUGGAUCCUGGCCGGACUUGCCUUGGACACCUGCACACUUGGUCGCAGGGUGAGCGCUUCAUAAAUGCUCAGAAAGUAAGCUGGGCGUGCAGGAAGAGCAGUCUCCCCUGAGGCGGCGAGCAGGGGAGACAGACCCAGCACCCUGAGUGACAGUGGCGUCUGCUCGGGGACCGUGCAGCCCGCCCCCUCCCCCGGUGAAUGCUGACUCUGGGAAGCUCGUACAUGGGAGGGCAACUCAAGGCUUCCGUGCAGCUGCGCCCUCUGAGGAGAGACGGGGCAAUCUCUCAGAUCUCGGCAGCGGACUCCGUAGGCGAGGUCACGUCCAGAACUCGGUGCCUCGCCCCGCAGAGGGGCAGGGUGACAGCCACUCUCCCGACUGGGACCGGCCCUACUCGAGCUCCCGCGGGGACAGUGCCCCCGUCCGCCGUCCCUGGGCGGACGGGUAAACUGAGGCUCCGGCGCCGCUGUGUCCCCAGGCCCUCGAAGUGGACAGUGGCGGCGGAAAGGAACGCGGUCCCUGCCUGGAUCUGCGGUCCACACAGCGCUGUCCACGCCAAAGCCAGCGGCCCGCCAGCCCCGGCGCCGGGCGGAACUUCCGGCAGAGACCGGGGGUGGGGGUGGGGGUGGGGUGGGUGUCCAAGGACUACAGCUCCCAGCGGCCCCCGCGGCGCGUCUCCGUCGGCCCAGGGAGCGCCGCCAUUGUCCGCGGCCGAGGUUGGCACUUGCUGUGCUCCUGGGCUGGACCUGGUUGAUCAGUUCUUACAAUGGCAGCCAUCAACCCCUGGAGCACAUGGGGUGCCCUUAUGGACCAGUCCUGGGGGAUGGUAGCAGUUGACCCGUGGGCCUCCUGGGCUCUCUGUCCUCAGGACCCCAUGUGGCAUGUGGAGGAGAGCCCUGAGGAGGGAAGUGCAGCUGGGCUCCCAACAGCCCAGAUCCAGGAGCCGGUGACCUUCCGAGAUGUGGCCGUGGACUUCACCCAGGAGGAGUGGGGGCAGCUGGACCCUACACAGAGGAUGCUGUACCGCGACGUGAUGCUGGAGACCUUCGGCCACCUGCUGUCUGUGGGGCACCAGAUCACCAAGCCUGAGGUCAUCUCCCUGUUAGAGCAAGGAGAGGAGCCGUGGUUGGUGGAGCCCAUGCAUCCUCAGAGCUCUUGUCCAGAAGCAGUGCAAAGCACAGCUCCAAGACCAUCCUCCUCUUCCUGUGUGGCUUUCCUUCUCCAUGUCAGUGAUGACACGUGUUCACUUCAGGUACAGGUUAGCAUCGAUAUCUCUAGGUUCCUUUUUGUUGCUUGUUCCAUGCUUAGUAGACCCCAGGAGGGUGAAGUGUUAUGGAGAGCAUUGUCUAUGACCCCUGCAGUGGGUCUCAAUCUCCUGUGAGACAAUAUGACAUAAGCUGAGAAAGGGAAAGAGAGAACAAAGACACAGACACAGAGACUUGAGAGAAGAAGCUGGGUCUUGGGCUGAUCUAAGCUCCCCAGCCAGCAAAGACUAAAGGCACCAAGGACACCCAGUGUUCAUUCAUCACAAGUGUGGGAAGGAGGGGAGCAGGCCUUGGGACACCUGCUGAUAACAAGGCAGGACUGUAAAAGAGAGGCACUAGCUUAUCUUUGCUGAAGAGAACAAAUGAGUAAUUCAGAGGGGAAGAAUUUAAUUGGAGUCAAGUUGACCUUGGCUAGAAAUAAACUCAGCUAGCCCCUGUUACUUCUAAUGUAAUAUAGCCGAAUUACAGAGGGGCAAGAAGCUUGUGCCACUUACACCCUGCUAGUACUGGGCAGAGAUGUCUGCUACAGGGUGUCAACUUGUUCACUGUUACGUGUUUGGGACACCACAGUUUUUCCUGAUAUCUCAGGGACACAUGACCAAAGUGGCCCAGGGUUGUUCCCAGAGUGCCAAACUGAGAUUCCUCUGUAGAGACAACUGAAGCUCCUAACAGCAUUCAUAGCAAGCAGCCAGCCAGAGGGGAGAGCCCUGGGUGGAUUUGUGCAGGGCACACACGGGAAAUGUGAGAGGCUGCUGUGGGUUUGGUGCACUCAGAAGACAAGGCUUCUUGUUCCAGACCUCAACCCUGGGCCCAGCGAGUAAGCCAGCUAGGUGAAGGCUGGAGCAUAUCCCUGUGGGCCCGGUAUAAUAGGGACAUGGGCUGCCCUAUGGCCUCCUGCUGCCUCAGCCUCCAUCAACUUGCCACUGCCAGCAUGGACCCCGCAGAUGGGGACCACUGUCCCCUGCUUGUGGUGUGCUGUGUGAGGCAACAGAAGCCAGUCUGCUAUGGUUCUGCUGUAAACAACCAGAUGUUCUCAGUCUCUCAUAGUUUUAGAGCAGUGGUGGGAAUGAGCCUACUACACGAGAAGCACAUGUGUCCCCACUGACCCAGAGUACAUGGCCAACAGGUGGGAGAACCCAGCUCUGAGAACAGUGGUGACCCUGUGAUGAUGCUGGUCUCAUCUCAGGGCUGCAGCUGGGAUUGGUGCAGUGCAUAAUGGAAGAGCCAGGUGGGAGAAUCUGGAUUUGGUUUGUAAGGGAAGAGAGUGCUGGAAGACUGAGCCCACUAGGGAUCACAGGCCCAGGAGACAGUCAAAUGGGUGCCACAGCAGAGGCAUGAACAAGUGUGGUAGAAGCACCAAGGGAGAGUAUGUGAGAUCUGGAGUUGGGAUGGCCCUCCAGGAGGUGAAACCACCCCUAUUUUUGUCCCUGGUCAGAAACUAGCAAUGAACCACUGGCCAUUUACUAUGCUCUAGGGCUAUUUUAGAGAGAAAACCAUGCAUUUCCUCUUCCAAGAUGCACUUGUGUGAAAACAGAUGAGCAUUUGGUUCUGCCUGUGGGUGCCAUGCUGUGGCCUAAACAGGGGCCACAGGUGAGUGGAGAGGAAUGGGAGGGGGAAUGGCCUGGGUCCAGCCACAAGGGGAGCUGCACACUGGGACCCCAAGGCCUCACUGUCCCUCCUGCCCAUUCCCUACCCUGUCAGCCACCCAGAUCAGGCACAGAGGCCACACAGUGUCACCCUUUUUUGAAUGCCACUGAAAGCAAGCCAUGAACAGCAUAAUGUGACAAGGACUCUGAGGGAAAUGCACUAGGACAGCAAACUAAGGAAGCCUCUGGCAGUGAGGGUGGAGAGGAUUAAAGUAUGCAGAGGAAGGUGAGAGUCUGCAGAAAGGUGCCCAGAGUAGAGGGGCCAGCAGAGUUAUCAACAUGGAGCCUGGAAGCCCAGAACACUGGACAUGUAGUUUGGCCUCAGCUACCAAUACAGAGUUAUGAUUUAAGAAGAGAUGGUAGUGCAAGCCUGUAAUCCUAGUGAUAGAGAAGUGCUAUACAAUAAUAUGGGCCCUUGCCUUGCCUUCAUUUUUUGCCCACAGAAUAUUUUGUUUUGGAAAUGUAAAUUUGUGCUGCUGGGCUCCGGCCCAAUGUAUCAAAAUGGUUUGUGACUGUUUGAACUGUGUGACCUUUGAGGAAUGUUCUCUUUAGCCCUGCCCCUCUCAAGAAUGUUCUGUAACACUGCCCCUCUGCUUCAGGAGUGUUCUGUAACUCCAACCCCUGCUUCACUAAGCAUGCUCACCUACUCUAGAUCCCUAUGUAAGGAAGCUCUCAUUUCUGGCAGAGUGUUCAGAAACCUGAGCCUGCUGGGUUUCACUGGCAUAAUAAAAAGUUUUUCUCCACAUCUUCAACUGACCAUCAGCUUCUUGAGUCUUCAAAGAAUGAGAGCUGUGACCGAGAGCUGCCACACUGACCUGUAAAGCUCAGCUGUGCCUCAGAGCUGUGUUCCAGAGCCGCCACACUGAGCUGUAAAGCUCAGCUGUGCCUCUGAGCAGUGGCACUUAAUUGCAACACUGAGCUGUAACAGUUAGCUGUGCCUCUGAGCUGUGGCACUUAGCUGUGACACUGAGCUAUAACACUUGGCUAUAGCACAGAGAUGCUCUGCUCUGCCACAUUUGUUUCACUGACCAGGAAACUGAUUGAGCUGUACCUUUGAGCCACCAAUUCAGAGUCAGAGAGUGGCCUCUGGGAGCCCUCUCCAAAGACUUCAUUUGCUUCUCCUGACCGAACUCAGGAGAAGAGGUAGACUGAAAAACCCCUUCAGAACUUCAGGAUAUGGUAAAGCCCUGGGGCCCUGUUUGAACCCAGUCAGGCCUAUCCCAGUGGACAGAAGGAGUCUGAUCACCUCUCAUGGUCUUGAAUCAGAGAUCCCAGUCAGGGAUUUCCCCUCAGGAUCCGGUAAAGUCCCCCCUGGAGCCCUGUUUGAACCCAGUCAGACCUGUCCCAGUGGACAGAAAUAGAGUGAUCACUCAAGUCAGAGACUGCAGUCAGGGAUCUCCCUAAGGGGGAAAGGAAUAUUUUAACUUCUGAAUAACUGGUGAAUGUGUGAGUAAAUGUAACCAGGCAUGGUCCUCCAUGACUGGCCUGUGUGGCUCCAUGACUUUGGCUAUGGAGUCUGAUUGGGUUGUACCCUGCAAAUUCAUGACAGUGUUAUGCAGCAUAACUAUGCCUCACCUCUUGUAAUGGAAGGCUGACCAGGUUGGGGAUUACCAGUGCACCUUAGCCAAAAUGUGCCUAAGUUCCUGAGAGGGUGGCCAGCCAGACAGCUGUGUGGUCUCCUUUGGGGAGCUCCCAUCCUUUGUUGCACCACCAUUCAAGGGCACUACUUACACCAUGGGUAACAACUAUAGUAAACCCACAGUCCUAGACUGCAUGGUCAAAAAUUUUAAGAAGGGAUUUAGUGGGGAAUAUGGAGUUAGACUGAAGCCUGCAAGGUUUUGGACCCUCUGCAAAAUAGAUUGGCCCCAGUUUAUUGUAGGGUGGCCCCCUCAUGGAACCCUGGAUAUUCAGACUGUGCAUGCAGUCUGGAAAGUCAUUACUGAUGAACCUGGAUACCCUAACCAAUUCCCUUAUAUUGAUUCUUGGCUACCUACCUACCCACCUGGGUUCAAUUCUGUAUUGGUAGGAAGGGACAGAGUCAAGUUUUCAUAGCCCAAAGUAGUGGCCAUCUCUCCAAGACAUGGCAAAAGCCAACUCCCUUUGUCCAUUGGAAGCAACAAUGGAUCUGCCUUUGUGGCUGAGGCUAUCCAAGGCCUCUCUGAUAUGCUAAAGAUUAAAUGGAAUCUGUGCAGAGCCUAUCAGCCACAAAUUUCAAGGAGGCUAGAAUGCAUGAAUUGAACCCUUAAAACCAUCUUUGCUAAGUAUUGCCAAGAAACAGGGACAGAGUGGCCAGACAUGUUACCUCUGGCCCUGCCCAGAGUCAGGUGGACAGACUCUUAGGUUAUUCCCCAUAUGAGAUAAUGUUUGAGAGACCUCCCCCCAAUCAUUAGAUAUUUUAGGAGAGAUGUUAUCAGUUUGGGUUAAAGAUUGGAAAAGGACACCCCUCCAACCUAUUGGCUAGGGCCAUAUACUGUUGUGCUUUCUUCCCCCACUGCUGUCAAAGUUACAGGUAUUAUCACAUGGGCACAUCAUGAAUAAAGAAGUUCCUCCCUGCAGAAGUCCUGGACACCUGGACUACCCACCUGAACCCCCAGAAUCCCCUUAGGACUCGACUCAGACAGAAGACCUUGGAACUCACCUUGCCUUGGAUAUAGCAUCAGGAGAUAACAGUCCUGCUCUAGUCAGAUGUGGAGUCUAUGCAUGGCCGAAGCCUGAGGACACCAUUCACAGGAUGUAACUGGAGUCACUCUACAAAACCGCCAUGCCGUUGACUUACUUACAGUGGAAGAGAGGGGAACUUGUAUCUUUCUCAGGGAAGAGUGCUGUUUCUAUGUAAACAAAUCAGAGGUCAUUCAUUAAGCUGUUAAAGGUCUCCAAGACAGAGCUACCAGGCUCCAGAAACAAUCCCAAACUAGUGGGUUUUGGAGUUUCUCCUGGGAUAACUAACUGGUCAACAUGGUUUACCCCUCUACUUGGAACCCUGGUCCCCAUCUUCCUGUUGCUAAUGAUUGACCCUUGUCUGUUCAGGUGCCUCACAGAGUUCAGGCUCUCACAAGACCGUAUGACAAUUACUGGUGAGAGCUCACCUAAACUAUGGCCCUGUAGCUACUAGUGAUGCACUAAAUAGGGGUAUCAAAGGGGGGAAUGAUAGAGAAGUACCAUACAAUAAGACAGGCCCUUGCCUUGCCUCCAUUUUUUGCCCACAGAAUGUUUUGUUUUGGAAGUGUAAGUUUGUGUUGCUGGGCUCUGGCCCAAUGUAUCAAAAUUGUUUGUGACUCUUUGAACUGUAUGACCUUUGAGGAGUGUUCUGUUAAGCCCCGCCCCUCUCAAGAAUGUUCUGUAACUCUGCCCCUCUGUUUCAGGAAUAUUCUGUAACUCUUCCUCCUGCUUUAUUGAGCAUGCUCACAUGGCAUGUGUUUCAGGAAUGUUCUGUAACCCCACCCCUUUACUUCAGGAAUGUUCUGUAACUCCGCCCCCUGCUUCAUUGAGCAUGCUCACCUACUCUGUAGAUCCCUAUAUAAGGAGGCUCUCAUUUCUGGUAGAGUGCUUAGAAUCCCCAGUGGGCUCACGGGCAUAAUAAAAUGUUUUU